AUGUCAAUUAAUUCAAAUCAAAAAGAAGGAGCAAGUACCUCCACCAUGGAUACUUUGCCAAACUCUGCUCCAGAAAAACCACAAAAUGAAGAAAUCAAAGACGAAAGGGAGCCUAAACUUUAUUUCUUUGAUCACUUUAGAAUUUUCAAGUUGUUUGGAUGGACAUGGUUUCUAAUCUUGUUAGGAAUGCUUGGAUCGAUGGGAAAUGGUGUUAUUAUGUUAAUCUUCCAAUUUAUAUUUGGAGAUUUAAUCAACAUUUUCCAACCUGUCAAUGGAGUAAUGCCUUCCACUGAUGUCAUGAGAGCUGCCAUCUCUGAUAUUUCCUUAAAGUUUACCUAUGUUGCAAUUGGUAGUAUGGUGGCAAGCUUUACAGCUCAAUUUUUCUUGAGUUGGGCCAAUGAAAGAAUUGGAAUCACUUUGAGAAAAAGUUAUUUCAACCAAUUGACUAAUCAAGAUGUUGCAUUCUUUGAUAUUAAGAAAACAGGAGCUUUGACUCUUCCAUUGAGUGAUGACAUCUCUAAAAUUCAAGACGCAUGGACAAACAAGCUAUCUACACUCAUGCAACAUUUGACAACCAUCAUUAUUGGCCUAGUUCUUGCUUUUGUAAGCAGUUGGCAAAUGUCACUUGUUUCAAUUUCAACAGUUCCACUUAUGCUUGUUAUUGGAGGUGUAAUGGGAAAGUUUACUGAAGUAUUGACUGUCCGAUCAGGAAAUGUCAUUUCAAAAAGUGCUUCCAAAGCCAAUGAGGUUGUUUCUUCCUUUAAAACUGUGAAAAGUAUGGGAGUUGAAGGGAGGGAACAAUUGCAAUUUGCAAGUAUAUUGAAGAAACUUCACUUGUAUGGUUUGUUGAAGGCUCUAACACAAGGAGUGAGUAUGGGUGCUGAGAAUUUGAUCAUGUGGGGAACUAGCUCACUUGCUUUUUGGUAUGCAGGAAAUUUGGUUAUUGAUGGAGUAAUCACAAUAGGAGACCUUGUUAAGGUAUUUGGAUUAUUGCUUUUUGCUAUUUUUUCAAUGGCACAAGGAUUUAUCAUGUUACCAGACAUUUCCAAAGCAUUGGCCUCUCACAGAACACUUCUACUUGUAAUUAAAAGAAAACCAGCCAUUCCAACAACUGGAGGAAAGAGUUUGGGUGAGAAUGUUGGUAAAAUUGAAUUCAGAAAUGUUAAAUUUUCUUACCCUUCUCGUCCUGAUGUGAAAGUUUUGGAAGAUUUUUCAUUGAAUAUUGAAGUUGGACAAUCGAUUGCUCUAGUUGGACCAUCCGGAUCUGGUAAGAGUACAAUUGUUGGAUUGUUGGAAAGAUUUUAUGAUCCACAAGAAGGAUCAGUGCUUAUUGAUGGAGUGGAUAUUAAGGAAAUUGAUUCUGCAUGGUUGCACAAGAACAUUGGAAUUGUGACUCAGGAACCAGUAUUAUUUGCCUGUUCUAUUAGGGAAAACAUUGCUUAUGCAGUUGGUAUUGAAAAUGUAACAGAUCAAGAGAUUGAAAAAGCUGCAAGAGCUGCCAAUUGUCACAAUUUCAUUGUAGAUCUUCCAAAUGGAUAUAACACCUUACUUGGUGAGAAAGGCGUUUCUCUCUCAGGUGGACAAAAGCAGCGUGUUGCUAUUGCUAGAGCUCUUUUACAAAAUCCCAAAGUUCUUCUAUUGGACGAAGCAACCUCAGCUCUCGAUACGGAAUCAGAAGCUCUUGUUCAGGCAGCUCUUGAAACUCUCAUGAAAGGAAGAACUUCCAUUUCCAUUGCUCACAGAUUGUCAACUGUUCAGAAUUGUGAUGUUAUUUAUGUGCUUGUUAAGGGAGAGAUUAAGGAAUCUGGUCUUCAUUCAGAUUUACUGAAUGUUCAAGAUGGAAUUUAUAGAAAGUUGGCUGAGAAACAAAUGGUUAUUAGUGAGCAAUAAAAUCAUUUCAUAUUUCUACUA